UUUUCUUUUGUGCCGUGCGUGCGUCAAGGUUCUGCAUAAUCAAGGGGUUUGGGGUUGGAGAAUAAGCGGUACAGGGGGAGAGAGGUUGCUGCCCUGGAUCUGCUUGAAACCCGUUUCUCCCUUUUUCCACCGCUAUUUCCGUCUUUCAUCUCUUGAUUUCAUUGUGUCCUCAAGUUCUAGGGCCCCAUCUGGUGAAGCUUCAUGGCUUCAAAGCGGAUUUUGAAGGAACUCAAGGAUUUGCAGAAGGAUCCACCCACUUCUUGCAGUGCGGGUCCUGUAGCUGAAGACAUGUUUCAUUGGCAAGCAACAAUAAUGGGCCCCUCUGAUAGCCCAUAUGCAGGUGGUGUAUUCUUGGUUACUAUUCAUUUUCCUCCUGAUUAUCCUUUCAAGCCCCCUAAGGUUGCAUUUAGGACUAAGGUCUUCCACCCCAACAUCAACAGCAAUGGAAGCAUUUGUCUGGAUAUCCUAAAAGAGCAAUGGAGCCCGGCACUUACCAUUUCUAAGGUUCUGCUCUCUAUCUGCUCAUUGCUGACUGAUCCAAACCCCGACGACCCUCUUGUUCCGGAGAUUGCUCACAUGUACAAGACAGACCGUGCCAAAUAUGAAGCCACUGCACGCAGCUGGACCCAGAAGUAUGCCAUGGGUUGAUAUUGGUUAGGAUAUCAUAUCAGUGUGUAAUGCUUUUAACUUCUUUAUCAUUUCUUCUCAGGGGGAGGGGGCAUUUCGUAAGAACUUAUAUUAUGCUUUGUGUUCAGGGGGUUGAAGAAAUAGAAUUAUGUCAAUGUGUUUGUGUUAUUACUCUGUGGCAUGUUUGAAGCUCUUGUUUCAUGCAAUGUAGAAGAAUUUAGGAUGCAUCACAAACUGCGCUCCUGAAUUAGGUAUUCUGUAGCAUGCCACUGUUGUGCUGUUGCUGUUAUGAACCCUGUUCAAGCAUUAUGGUUUAGAAAUAAAAAUGCGAACUCCUUUCUUAUACAGGGCGGAAAUAAAGGACUAGCAAUAUU